AAGGCAAUGAAAUAACAAAAUAGAUGCGACCAUUUCAAAGCCUGCGACAGCGAGUGACCUUCUCGCAAUCGGGUCUCUCUCUCUCUCAAAUCUCUAUCAUCAAUCAAUCACCAGACGCGGAGGUGUCCGAUGGCGAAGGCGACGAUAGAGAGCAUUGUCAUCGCCCUUAUGCUGAUCGUGAUCCUCCUCCUCCUCCUCCUCCUCAUCGCCUUCAAGCCAUGGCGCUUCUUCCGCUCCCCUUCCCCCUCUCGCCUCCGCCUCAUUACGCCUCAGGUUCAUGACAUAGAGAGGCCUCUUGUUUCAGAGGAUCUAAAUUUUGUUCAAAAUCAGAGCGAUGAUCUCGCUGGAAUUGAGAGAACUUCAUAUCCAACUGAAGGGCAUUUCAGCUCAUCGCAAUCACAUGGUUACACAGAACCGCUUCCAUCUACAGAUCCCCAGUUGACUCAUAGUGAUAACUUUGUUGUAGACGUAAUUUCUGACCCUUCAGAAGAUGUUCUUAUUGGUCAGACACUUAAGCGUCCUUCUGCAUCGCAACACACUGCUGAAGAGCAGAAGUAUGUGAAAAAGGAAGAUUUGAACUAUGACUUGAAAUUUGAUCAAGAAAAUAAUUUCAGAGAGCUGCCGAGAGGAAAUGUAGGAAGUAGCCUCUCCUUGGAGGUUAUUUCUGGUCCUUGUCGUGGACUGCGGUGUUCCAUUCAGUCAACAAAUGCUUCUAGGCUUCCCUUGACUAUUGGAAGGGUUCCUCCAAGUGAUUUGUUACUGAAGGAUACAGAAAUUUCAGGGAAGCACGCAAUGAUAAAUUGGAAUCUAAAUAAGUUAAAGUGGGAGGUGGUAGACAUGGGGAGCUUGAAUGGAACGCUCUUGAAUUCACAGGCAAUCAAUCAUCCAGAUUCUGGUAGUAGAAAUUGGGGCAAUCCCAUUGAGCUGGCAAGUGGUGAUAUCAUAACUCUUGGGACAAGCACAAAAGUAUUUGUACAAAUCACAUCUCAAGCCGAUUGCUCUAUUCCUUUUGGAGUUGGUCUGGCAUCGGAUCCCAUGGCCUUGCGUCGAGGAGCAAAGAAACUGCCCAUGGAAGAUGUGUGCUAUUACCGGUGGCCUCUUCCUGGGGCUGAGGAGUUUGGACUAUUUGGUGUAUGCGACGGACAUGGAGGAGUAAGUGCUGCUACAUCUGCAAGCAAGAUGUUGCCUGAGAUGGUUUCUACUAUCUUAUCAGAUUCUUUCCGAAGAGAGAGGGUUUUAUCUCAGCGCAAUGCUUCUGAUGUACUUAAGGAUGCCUUUUUGCAAACAGAAGCAUGCAUGAACCACUAUUAUGAGGGUUGUACUGCCACAAUGCUUCUAGUCUGGACUGAUGAUCAUGAAAAUUUCUUUGCACAGUGUGCAAAUGUUGGAGAUUCGGCUUGUGUUAUGAAUAUUGAUGAAAAGCAGAUUAAGAUGACAGAAGAUCACAGAAUAACCAGUUAUUCUGAAAGACUCCGCAUUCAAGAAAUAGGAGAACCUCUGAAAGAUGGGGAAACACGAUUAUGCGGUUUAAACCUUGGUCGAAUGCUUGGAGACAAAUUUCUGAAGCAGCAGGAUGCUCGCUUCAGUUCAGAGCCUUACAUAAGUGAAGUUGUGUCCAUACAUAAAGCAAGCAGGGGUUUUGCUCUUUUAGCAAGUGAUGGCUUCUGGGAUGUUAUUAACUUCAGGAGGGCAAUCCAACUUGUUCAACAGGCAAGGGACAAUUAUGCCGCGGAUGCAGAGAAGCCAGCAGAAAUGAUAGCCAACCGUUUGUUGAGCGAGGCCCGGAUGCUGCGUACGAAGGAUAAUACCUCUAUUAUUUUCCUAGAUUUUGACAGCAUAAGCAGAAACUCGUCCUCGUGUAAAGUCAAUCCUUAGAAUUAGCAUCUUUGUAUGUAAUAUAUAUAUAUAUAUGUAUGUAUGUAUCACAAUUUUAUAUUGUUUUAUUUGUUCUUUUACCAUUGGAUUUAGUCUC